AUGAAGCGCCAUUGUCCGGAAAACUUCGAAACCACGAUCAAUCGGUGGUAUAUCGAUACCCGGCCCUAUGUCCCUCAACCGCACAAUCCCAAAUCACUCCAUUCGCUGCCACUACUCUCAACGCUGCAACGCGCGGACCAAGAAGCAGUCACCCGCUUCAUUCGGCCCGCUGAUCGCUUCAUGUCUCUCGCCAGCGCGUUGCUGAAGUACACAUUCAUUCACCGGCGGGCCAAAGUCCCCUGGAGUAAGGUGCAGAUCUCACGGACACCAGCUCCUCAUCGACGACCGUACUGGGAACCACCAGAGGACUGGUCCACCACCGACAUCUACGAUGAGAGUGAUCCCAUCUACGGCGAGCCAUGUCAAAUAAGAGGCCUUGAGUUCAACGUCUCCCAUCAAGCAGGCCUGGUCACCAUCAUCGGCUGCUCGACGCCCACCGCUCAACUUCCUGCGUCCGUCAUGCCGAAUCCAGGACCUCCCUCCCCUACCGUGCUCGACUCUCUCGCUCAAAUAGACCUCAACACCCACCCAACGUGCACGGCCUUUGAGGACUGCAACAUCAUUCGCCUCGGAGUCGACAUAGCAUGCACAAAUGAAGACAAACGGACGCCCAAAGACCUGACCACGCAGGCGAAAUUUGACGAGUGGAUCGAAAUCUUUGCGGAGAUGUUCUCCGACCGGGAAAGAAGACACAUGCGCGAAAUACCGAUCCAUGUGCCCGUCAAAGAACGCGAAGAAGGCGAAUGGAGUGACUCAAACUCCUCCGCGGCAUCGUCGCCAAAGGACGGCAAGGGCGACAGCAGCAUCUUCAGGGAACAUGAAGCCAAGAUGAUCAGCCUGAAGCUGAGGCGCUUCUACGCCUACUGGGGUCUGAAAGAAGCGUACAUCAAAAUGGUCGGCGAAGGUCUCCUGGCCAGCUGGCUGAGGGAAUUGGAAUUCCUGGACGUGCAUGCUCCGCCGCCGCCCCCACCGCAGCAGCAACGAGAUCCACGAGCCUCAAGCGCGCCACUACCAGACCACCGCCCCAGACGGGAUAGCAGUAGCGUUACCAAGGGAAUCCUCGAGAACCAGACAACUCCACUGCCCGCCUCGGCGGAUAUAUUUGCCCAUAGGAACUCAACUGGUGCGAAUCCAUCACUACCAGAACUGCCAGUCCUUGAUGUCGGCGGGGCAUCUAGCAUACCUACAACCGCCAACGGGACCAAUGGUAGGCGUGCCGAAGACAACUCUGGCACCCUAGUGCCACCAAUCGAGAUCAGCACCACCACCACCACCACUACCACCACCACCCCAGCCCAUCGUAGGACAUCCUCCAUCCCUGCCGCGGACAUGUACGCGCAGCACCGCCCGUCCAUCUCAUCCCUGACUCCCACGGACGCGGCGCACGAUCCGAGAAAACUGUCUUUCCCAGCAACCAAUUUGACCAACGGUACGGCGCACGUCCGUCCGCACGAGCAUCUCUCCCCGUUCCCGGACUCACCGGCGACGCCUUCGUUGCUGGAAUCGCCUCGCCUUUCUUUCUCAGCAGAGGAACACCACCACCACCCCGAACCGACAGAGACCGCGAAAUGGACACCGCCCGACCAAGCGGAGCGCGGGAUGACGACGCUCUUCAAGGGCAGGAGAGUCGAGGACGUCGAGAUCGAACUGGUGGCGUAUGAUCAGGACUUCAUCAUCGCGACGGCCCUGCGGGGCGUCAAGGAGCGCGAAAUCCCAGGCGAAGUCGGUACCCUUGGCGAAGGCAGCGGAUGGUGGUUACGGUUGGAUUUCGACAAUGAUAUUCGACCUUGUGCCGAGGGGUGGUGUACGUGUCUGGAACGGUGA